AUGCGCUUGACUCCACUGCUCGCCGGCGCAGCUGCCUUCGCCGCCCUCGCUUCUCCGGCGCUCGCCUGGACUGCAGAAGACCACGAGAUCUUUGACCUGGUGUCUGCGCUCGAGGCUGCAGAGGGCAAGGGAACCAACUUCUACUCGUACCUCAAUGUCACCAAGGCGGUCGACGAGAAGGCGCUCAACAAGGCCAUCCGCAAGCGCUCGCUCGAGUUGCACCCCGACAAGAACCCCAACAACAAGAAGGUCGCGGACCGCUUCGCCCGCCUGGGCGUGAUCGCCGAGAUCCUACGCGACGCCGAGAAGCGCAAGCGCUACGACCACUUCCACGAGAACGGCGUUCCGCGCUGGCGCGGCACGGGCUACUACUACUCGCGGUACCGCCCCGGACUCGGCGCCGUCGUCGCGGGCCUCACCGUCUUCUCCAUCUUCAUCCACUAUGUCUUCCUGUACCUCUCAUUCCGUUUGAGCAAGAUGCGCAUCGCGGCGUUCAGGACGCAGGCGCUCGAGGCGGCGUGGGGCCCGACGAAGAAGCCGCAGCAGGGGAAGAAGAAACUCAAGGUCAAGACGAGCGACCAGGGUGACCCGCUUGGCAUGCCUGGCGUCAACAACGGCAAGCCCACGCCGCCCGGCAGCACGAUCGAGAUGGUCGUGGAGGGCGAGAACGUCUUCAUCGUCGAGAACAGGAAGGAGAACCUUCUGACAGAGGACCUCGCGGUCAAGCCCGCCCUCCGCGACACCUGGCUCCCCCGCCUCGUCCUUCAGCGUCUCGGCUACUCUCCCUCCUCCACCUCGCUCGCGGCAAAGAAGUCCACCGGCCCGAAGAAGACCUACCGCAAGCCUACCGUCUCGGCGGACGAGGCGGGCGCGACGAGCGGCGAGGAGGCGACUAGCGGAGGAGAGGAGGGCGGGAAGAAGCAGGGCAGGGGGAUUGAGGGCAUGGGCAAGGUUGGUGGCAGGAGGAGGAAGACGGUGCCCCGUCCUUCGGCGGCCAAGAAGGAGGCAUAG